GAACAUGAACGAUGGAAGUCUUGGUCCCUACAAAGAGUCUUAUCAUAUUUAAAUCCUUCCUUUUUUGAUAAUUGAAGUCACUAUAUGCCCCCCAACAUUUGAUUAUGACUCAUCCCAAUCUUGCAAUAAAUGGUGUCUCUCAAUAAUAUAACACAUCCGCAUCGAAAAGUUCAAAAGAUCGAAAUAGUGACGAUAACAAUAAGAGAAGUAAGCUAGAAUCAGAGACUAUAUCUUUUCGCUCGGAUCUAGUGGACAUGACUAUAAAUCUGGAGGAUUGGCCAACUUUCGCACCGGAGAUCGAGAUGCUUCAGCGACUACAUGUUGACUUCGAGGAUGUGAGUCUGAUUCAUAUUCUUCGGGGUAUGAACGAACGAGCGGAUACACUGGUAAAAGAGGCUAGAACCAGAAAUUAUAUCUUUUUCCAUAUAGAUUAGAUCCGGAUAGACAGGAGAUGCUUUCCGGAAAAUCAACUCGUCGUCUGACCACCACUUGAUUAAAUUCAUUGGACAGCUGACAAAAAAGAAAAAAAGUAAAAAAGAUUAUGCUACAUGAAUCUUGACUUAUUUACCUCUAGUUAACCACGUAAAGAUCAAUAGCUUUAUUAUGCAAUUAUAGACUCAUUGAUCUCUCACAUAAUAGCAUCUUCUUCACCCAUGACCCAUCCAGAUAUUCACAUGCCUCGAUAUCUCUGAGAUGAGACGUGUGUAGGGGAAGUUCACUAAUCAGACGUGUGUAGACGAGUUACAUUCAUAAUGGGCCUUCAAAGCCCAUAUUACCUUUUUCAGGCCCAUUUAUAAAAUCACAUUAGCGCAAAAAACGAGAUCAGAAUCAGCUGCGGGAGAGCGUAGUGAAUGAUACAUGUGCCAUUCUUCGUCACCUCCUUCCUCCUUCCUCAACGUCUCUUGCUAGAGUGGGCCAUCUUGACGUUAGGCGCACUCUCCCAUCCGACGCUCACCUCCCGCCGUCUCCUCUGGUAACACUACAAUCGAUCCAGAUCCUCUCCUCGCCGGGAUGUCGAAAGCUCGUGUGUACACGAACGUUAACGUGGUGAGAAGCAAGGAUUAUUGGGAUUACGAGUCGCUGAAUGUUCAGUGGGGGGCGUGGGAAGUACAAUGAAGUGUUCGAGGGAUUUAACGUGAACACCAAGGAGAAGUGCAUCGUCAAGAUCCUCAAGCCUGUUAAGAAAAAGAAGAUAAGAAGAGAGAUUAAGAUACUUGAGAACUUAUGCGGUGGGACGAACAUUGUGAAGCUCUUUGAUGUUGUUAGAGAUCAACAACACUCGAAAACUCCGAUUUUGAUAUUUGAGUACGUCAACAGCACGGACUUUAAAGUUCUGUACCCUACACUGACUGAUUACGACAUUUGUUACUACAUCUAUGAGCUCUUGAAGGCAUUGGAUUACUGCCACUCGCAAGGGAUCAUGCACAGAGAUGUGAAGCCUCACAAUGUUAUGGUUGACCAUGAGCUGCGUAAGCUUCGGCUGAUAGGUUGGGGUCUUGCUGAGUUUUACCACCCUGGGAAGGAGUACAAUGUGCGUGUGGCAUCAAGAUACUUUAAGGGACCUGAACUUCUUGUGGACUUGCAAGACUAUGACUAUUCGUUGGAUAUGUGGAGCCUUGGCUGUAUGUUUGCUGGGAUGAUAUUCCGUAAGGAACCUUUCUUCUACGGGCAUGACAAUCAGGAUCAGCUUGUGAAAAUCGCCAAGAUACUUGGGACAGAUGAGUUGAAUGCGUAUCUAGAUAAGUACCAGUUAGAACUUGAACCACAACUUGAAGCACUCGUUGGGCGGUAUGUGAAUGAAUCCUUGAAACGUUAUUUGGCUUUGUGCACUUCCGUUAAGUUAAUGAUAAUCCAUAGACGACAAAAAAAAAAGAGAGAGAGAGAUUACCCGCGAAACCUGCGUGCAAGAGAGCAUCCGCCACGUGGCGAGAGGCAGAAGACACAAAACCAAAUAAAUGCUUAAGAAGAAAAAGAAACCAAAUGAUUUUUUUUUUUUUUUUUGAUAACUUUGGUAUCUGGGCAGCCACAUUCCCAACUAUCCCCCGAAAAGGGUCCAGCGCCCCAACGGAAGAGAUGUUAAAUCCGUUGUGGCUAAGACUCGAACCCGGAUGGUGGGCAGUACAGCUGUACCUCCUUUACCACCAAGAAACCAAAUGAUUAUACUAGUAUUUAGUUUUUAUUCUGGCUAUGCAUGUUGUUACGUGUUUCAGGAGCUCUGCUCCACUAAC